CGUUAAUCAUGGGUCAAGGCGAGCUGCCUUCGGGAGAAUACUAACGUUAUAGCUUUGUUAAUAACAAACCCAGAAAAUGGAUAAACAUAUUUAAUUCUAAUUUUCUUAUUCAACAAUAUAUUCAGACUUUUUUUUUUUCUUAAAAAUAAAUCUUUUAUGAAUGAAUACCCAUGAAAUGAACAUUGAUUUCAAAGAAUGCGUAAUGUAGCAGAAAUCAGGAGGGCGGACGGAAGAGAAAGCUUCGUCGCGGUGGCCGUUAGCAAAGAUAAAUCCAGCCGGAGUACUCUCAAAUGGGCGGUGGAGAACUUCGUCACCAGAGGCCAAACCCUCCGCCUCGUCCAUGUUCUCCAAAAAACCCCGACUCAAGAUGAGACAUUACAUGACAAUGAAAACAUGGAAUUGUUGUUCCUCCCAUUUCGUUGCUUUUGCACGCGUAGACAUAUACAAUGUGAAUGCGUAGUGCUUGAGGAUCCCGACGUCGCAAAAGCACUCAUCGAAUACAUUACCCAGAAUGGCGUCGAGACUUUGUUGAUUGGUGCAGGAACAAAGCAUGGACUUUCCAGAUUAUUCAAGACUCCAGAUAUUCCGGGGAGCAUACUGAAAUGGGCACCAGAUUUCUGCAACGUCUAUGUCAUCUCUAAAGGGAAGCUUACGGUGGUAAGAUCAGCAACUCGUCCAGUUCCGGUUCCCCAGGGAGUUGGAGGAUCACAACUCAGAGCACAGAACUUGAAUAAUGAACCACCUUCUGUCAUAUCACUCUCCAGAGAAAACAGUGACCGGUUUUUUGAUGAUUUGAUUGGACUUGAGAAUGGCAUGUCGUUUGCAGCUGCUGGUAGGCUAAGCACUGAUAGUUCAUUCAUUUCCUUCUAUCAAAAUCUAGGGUCCAAGGACUCUCCUGAACACACCAAAAAACUGGAUCCGCUGCUAUCUCCAAGAAAAUCUUGUGUUUCUGAUAUCCCAUCAAUCUCGCAUGAAAGUGGCAGAACAUCAUGUCCCUCGCCAUGCACUGAGAAUUUAGAGGAUGAGAUAAGAAGGUUAAAGGCAGAGCUAAAGCAAACUAUAGACAUGUACCAUGCAGCCUGCAAAGAAGCACUAGUAGCAAAACAGAAGGCAGUGGAACUCCAAGAAUGGAAGAAGGAACAAGAGAAAAGACUACAGGGGUUACAGACGCUGGAGGAAGCUGCGGCUGCGAUCGUGGAGAGGGAGAAAGCAAAAUGUAUAGCAGCCAUGGAGGCAGCUGAAGCAGCUCAGAAGAUUGCAGAGUUAGAGGUUCAAAAGAGAGUGAAGGCAGAGAUGAAAGCUCUGAGAGAAGUGGAAGAGAGGAAUAAGGUGUUGGAUGCUUUGGGGCAGUCUCACAUUGUUCUCAAGUACCAAAGUUUAUUCCACAUUUUAGCUGUCCUUUUCUUAGUCUAUUUUUUCCUUUCAGUGUUUAAAUGAUAUGAACUUAUAUAUACUUCUAAUAUUUAUACAACUACAAAGAAUGUUGUAAUUUUCUUUUUCCUUUUUUUAUUCUUUUAUCAUUAAAGGAAACUUUUACUAAUUAAAGUUUUUUGUACUGACUCAUGGACAAAGAUAAAAUAAUAUUCAGACACAUAAUCAAAUGACAAACUUCAUUCACCAUCCAAACAUGAUCCAUUGCCUCUAAGUCAUUUGUUUCUUCUCACCUUGACCAAGGUUCAAUUCUUCGCGAAGAGCACAAGUAAUUGGAAUUACUAACAAAUUUUAUAAUCUCACAUCCCAACAUAAGCAACUGAAGAUAUAAACUUACAUAAUUUUAGUAUGAGCAAGCUCGUUUAGUAGCAAAAGUUAGUUGGGUUAUUUUUCCAUACCCUCAUCUAAUAAAAUAUCACAGGCCCUUCGGAGGAUUGCAAGAGUUUUUGGGGUACUGGCCAUCAUUGAGAUGCCUUGUAGGAAUACCAGGGGAAGGAGAGCAUAGCAGUGGCAAUAGACAAAGACAAAGGAAGCCAGUACACCCUUAAAUCCUGUUGAUCAUCUUCUCUCCUGAGGUUAACCUGUCACAAUUCUUCAUGUUGAAACAAAGCCAUGUUCCAUUCCUAGCCCAAGUAUGAUCAUCGGUCCAUAUGCAUUUUGCAGUUCUCAAAUACUAAGAUAUGUGCUUUUAUUGAAGAAAGCAAGCAUUUUCUUUGUGUUUGAUGCAAUUCUUUUGAGAAAAGACCAAAUGAACUAAGCAAUAAUUA